AUGACAAGAUCGUACAACAGUUGUUUGGCCUUCAUCGCUCUAUUAACCAGUCGCAUUUCGUGCAAAGAGUUAACGGAGAUUGAAGUGUUGUCCUCACAUCCGACCCGAUGCACAUAUGAACAUGCGUAUGACAUGUAUGGAGCCCACUGUGCCGGUCUUCGACUCACUAAGAUACCCUCAUUAAGGAGUGGUAUAGAGAUUCUCGACUUUAGUGACAAUAAAUUGCAAGAACUACACGCUGAUACUUUUUCAUCGUACUCAAGCAUAAAAUUCCUAUAUCUGGCUGAAAAUCAAAUAUACAUGAUCGAUAAUGAUGCGUUUGCAGCUUUAACAGAUCUCCAGACUUUAGAUUUAUCGAAGAAUGUUAUUCUAGAACUUCCGAAUACAAUAUUCCAGUUGCCAUCAUUGCGAAAAUUAUACUUGGGUGGAAAUCCUUUACUUCAUUUAAGUUUCAAAUAUUUAACAAUCAAAAAACCUAUUCAGGCACCACUGGAACUUCUAGACUUGUCUGACUGUAAAAUAAACCAAUUACCGGAUUGGGGUGUCUUACCGCAGCUUAUUCUUUACAAUAUAUCAAACAAUCCGCUAACAACACUUGAUGCCCAACAUUUCAGUGCGAUGUGCAAAUUGGCAAAGGUCGAUUUAACUGAAUCAAUAGAUAAAAUUAAGAUAUGCGAAUUGAAAAUGACCGUUUUGUGGUUUCAAGAAAAGCGUGUUUACUUCCAUUUGAGUGAUUAUACUAAGUUAAAUUCGAGAGAAUUCGAAAACUGUCCUCAACCGGAAAUAUUGGGAGCGCUAAACGCUAGUUAUCAUCAUUGCAAAUCCGUCUAUACACAG